UCUGGUCUGUCCUCGGCCUAUGAACUGACCAGGAGCGAUCUUUGAAGAGGCAUACCACAGCAGCAACCGCGACCCCGUACACCUCCAAAGUUAUCAUCUACCCAAUCGCAGCAUGUCUCCCCAUCUUCUCAUCGAUCAGGGACAUGGGUCACGUCUCCCCGUACCUCAUACUCUGGCCUUGUGAAUCAAGGAGUCGACUUAUGGCACCCCGACUCGGCAGAUGGGGCGAGUGACAAUACUGACGAGGGUGAUGAGGAGGAUAUCGUUUACGACGACGAUGAGGACGAAUUUGGUCUUCCCAGCAUUGCGAGUAUGCGGAAAAAACAGACCAAAAAUGCCAUGGAAUCUCAGCUCAAAACAUCUGAUUUGGGUAGCGCUGUGCGUGCCAACAAUUCAACCUUGGGGUCAACUUGGCGAACAGUAGACAACGUGCAAACAGUUCGGAUAUCGCCGAGGAGCGCGGAGUGUCUAUGUAUCCAACGACGAGAAAGAGUGAAGGUAAAAUCCUACGGCCUCAAUACAAAGACAUCCUGAGAGAUCCCGCGAACGCUUUAAAUCUUAUUGAUCAUGCACCACCGCCGAAGAAUGGGUCGCCAAAGGAGAUGGAAAUAUACUCGAGCAGAAUCUCAAGAAUCAACAAAUUCAAACGUCUACUUCAGACUAGCACCGUUUCCUUAUCAGAGUUGAGAAAUCUGGCAUGGUCUGGCAUCCCUGCGGAAGUUCGCGCCAUGACUUGGCAAAUCCUGCUCGGCUAUCUUCCGACGAACAGUGAACGGCGAGUCUCUACACUAGAGAGAAAGCGCAAGGAAUAUCUCGACGGAGUCCGACAGGCUUUCGAACGCAGCACUAGCCCGGCUUCCGGCAAUCCACCUGCUUCCUCCACAGGUCGCGGCAGAGGCCUGGAUGAAGCGAUAUGGCAUCAAAUUAGCAUUGACGUUCCUCGCACCAGCCCUCAUAUUCAACUCUACGGCUAUGAAGCUACACAACGCUCCUUGGAGCGAAUCCUCUAUGUCUGGGCCAUCCGACAUCCUGCCAGCGGUUACGUACAAGGAAUCAACGACCUUGUCACUCCAUUUUGGCAGGUCUUUCUCGGCAUGUACAUGACGGAUCUCAAUGUGGAAGAAGACAUGGAUCCAGGCCAAUUGCCGCGGAGUGUGCUCGAUGCUGUGGAAGCGGAUUCAUUCUGGUGCCUCACGAAACUUCUCGAUGGAAUUCAGGAUAAUUAUAUAUGUGCUCAACCGGGGAUUCACAGGCAAGUGAGAGCUUUGCGCGACCUGACAAUGCGUAUCGAUUCUACGCUCGCCAAACAUCUUGAGAACGAAGGAGUCGAAUUCAUGCAAUUCAGUUUCCGAUGGAUGAACUGCUUGCUGAUGCGGGAGAUGAGUGUCCAGAACACCAUACGGAUGUGGGACACCUACAUGGCUGAGGAGCAGGGCUUCUCGCGCUUCCACGUAUAUGUUUGCGCAGCGUUUCUCGUCAAGUGGUCAGACCAGUUGAUCAAAAUGGACUUUCAGGAAAUCAUGAUGUUCUUACAGGCACUUCCGACAAGGGACUGGACUGAAAAGGACAUUGAACUCCUACUCAGUGAAGCCUUUAUCUGGCAGAGUUUGUUCCAGGACUCCCGUGCACAUCUACGCCCUGCUGGCGACCGAUCACCUGAGAACGGCCUGCAUUGACAGCAUAUAUUAUUCCAUUUCGCCGUCAACCAUGCCUCGAAUAGGCAUCUGCGUCGCUGGAAACAGGGUUUGCCCCUCAUCCUCGCCGAGAUCGGGGCUCGCCUGCAGCGGGCAAGUCUCUUCCGGUGUUCGCAUCCCAGGCGAGACUCACCCACUUGGCUGUCUUAUUCCCAGGUCCAUCUGCAGGGCCGCAUAUGGUCGUCUCGCUGCUUGCCGUCGUCUCAAAGCAUUAACAACCCUAUCCAACAUAGCUCACCUUCGACAAAGCUCAUUUGGUGGAGCGUUUCUAUGAGAGCACCGGUCAACUAUCUGGAAAUAUCUAAUGAUUUUUCGCGCUUACUAUAACGAUCUCACAAUUUGAGCCUUGCCUCACGCUGCGCGUCUUUGAUAAAUGCCGCAUCCUAUUGCCGGCUGAUCCUUGGCUUAAUUCUCCGGAGAGCCUUUCUCUUCGUGCUA